UACUAACCUCAUCUUGUAAGUUAUAAUUUCUAUGGUCUAACAUAACCUUAAAAAACCAAACUUGAAAAAAUAAAAACCAAAACAUCCGAAAAUUCGCUAUGGCUGGCAGUAGACUAGAAAAAAUUGGUACCAUACAUUCAAGAGCUUUGGGUCUCAUUGAAACUGGAGCGAAAAGAUGGGAAGAUCGUCCAUUGUGGUUUGAUAUUUACGAAGCUUUUCCCCCUAAAGAUGAACCUACUUUUUCUAGACCAGCUCCAAACUUAAAAUUGAGGCAGAUAUUUUAUCAAGAAGAUAAAAUAAGGGCACAAUUCCAUAAGCGAAACAAAUACUUGGGCGUUACAAACCUGUCAAAUUCCAAUGCUAAAACAUUGACCCAGAAGUUCAUUGAGAAUUAUCGAAAAAUUGAGGAGAAAUAUGAUAGCACUCAGGAUCAAGAGACAAUUUAUAGUGAAGCAAUUGAGCUCUUGAAGAGAGAGAAGGAAGUCCAGCAGAAUAUUGAUAUCAUCAGUUCGAAUAUAUCAAUUGAUAAAAACACGAAGGAAUCAAGUGCCAAAGUAAAUCUCAAUGAUAUAUUCAAGUGAAGAGAAUUGUAAUUAUAAAACUGUAUAGUAGCAAUUAUAAUAUGUUCUAUGAA